AUGAAAAGCGUGGCGCAGGGCGUUACGCGGGCCCCAUUACGGCGUGCGCACACAUCCGCCAGCCUCAGUGCGCCCUCCGUGGACCUCGGCGCCGAAAUGAGGCCGUGGAGCGCACAAAGUCACACACUGUUCAAAUGUGAGCAGGCAGACGCGGGCUCCUGUGGCUGUCCAUCGCGGGCCAGCGCUGGCAGCAGAAGCACAGCUGACUUUGAGAGGUGCCAUGGAGACAAUGUAUUUCGGGCUCCGGAGCAGAUCAAUGCGGGGGCUCAGCGGAUGAAGCCGGCUUUUGGCUACACCUCAGAGGCCGUGUGUGGGGGGGUGUGGGGGUUGUGGUGGGGGUGA